CUUCGCUACCCGCCACCAUCUCCGACCUCCAAAUCUCUCAGCAACAAGAACAAAAACCCUAAAAUCAUCUUCAUCUUUGUCUUCAAUGGCGCGAACGAAGCAAACGGCACGCAAGUCCACCGGCGGCAAGGCCCCAAGGAAGCAGCUGGCCACCAAGGCGGCCCGCAAGUCCGCCCCGGCGACCGGCGGCGUGAAGAAGCCCCACCGUUUCCGCCCCGGCACGGUGGCUCUCCGGGAGAUAAGGAAGUACCAGAAGAGCACGGAGCUGCUGAUCCGGAAGCUUCCGUUUCAGAGGCUGGUCCGCGAGAUCGCGCAGGACUUCAAGACGGACCUCCGGUUCCAGAGUAGCGCCGUCGCGGCGCUGCAGGAGGCGGCGGAGGCGUACCUGGUGGGGCUCUUCGAGGACACCAACCUGUGCGCGAUCCACGCGAAGCGGGUCACCAUCAUGCCCAAGGACAUCCAGCUCGCGAGGAGGAUCAGAGGCGAGAGGGCUUGAUUCUUGUCCUUCAUGUACAUGUGUUUUGAGUUAGCAACGAUUGAUGAAGCUGUGUUUUUUGUGGUAGCUAUUGGUGUGAAAUCGCGUUUGAAGUGUUGGGUUUAGCGGGAAAAAUUACAAUGUAUGUCGUUUCUUUGGAAUUAGAAGUACUUCGAAGCCUGGAUCAA